AUGAAACUAUUCCUUAUCGCUACUACUGUACUAUUGGUCGGUGGGACACAGGCGGCCACCACUGAACAGCUACGGCAGUGGAUUCUGAAUAAUCGAGAGAGUUUGAAUGGACAGAAUGACUUGGCGGGAAGUAUUUUGAGCUCUGCUUCCAGACUCUUCGGCUGGGGAUCCGAAAAGCCAUCGGAGCCAUCGACCACCACGGAGCCGCCCCCAACGACACCGACGACGCCAGAACCCCGCGGCAACAGUCGUGACGUCUGUCCAUUCCUUGCCGAACCGCUGAUUCUGGCCAAUGACUUUGCCUACUGUCGUCCGGCGUCUCUUGGCGAUUGUCCUGUCGGAUAUCUGUGUGAUCAAUCGGUGAAACUCGGACGGUCGAUUUGUUGUAAGGAUACGAGACGUGGAAUUGUGCCGAAUGGAAGACCAGCCCGCCCCACCCAACGUCUCCCCCUGACCUGGUCCACGGUCACCCCAACCGCCGCCCCAUCCCAACCGAUCGCCACAGCGACCUCCCGUAAAGCUCCAUGGUACAUCAAGGAUCGUACCGCCUGGCCGACAUAUAACCGGAUUUCUGCGGAGAAGGCGCUUCAGAAGUCGACGACGACGGAGGCGACGACGACUACAACGACGACGGAGCCAACCACUACCACUACUACAACUACAACUGAGCCAACCACCACAACCACGGAGCCCACCACCACCACGACUACUGUACCAACUACGACCACGACCACCGAGCCACCAACUACUACCACCGCCAAAGUCAGCGCCUGGGCUAAACUCUGGACCUCUACCGCCGAGCCGAAAAGUUUUGUGAAUGUUACAGUACUCCAGGCUGGGUCGGUUAGACCCUUAAGGGAUGGACAAGCGGAAGCGGUCGGUGCGAUUACCCUGGUCAAUGAUAACGGAUACAUUGUGCUGAUUGAUACAGGAGCUAGCAGUGAUACCGAGAGAUUGUUGCAUACUCUAUCAUUCUCUAUCACUGCGGUUGCAAAACGACGUAGUUGCGAAACGUCCCAGAUGAAACUCGAAAUAAGCGAGCUCGAAAUGGAGCCAAUGUCGCCGUGGUGCUCUCCAGUGAAAACGCGAACCGUCGGUCUUUGCAUUGGAAUUUUUGACUUUUUAUUCCUAACCGCCACAUUUCUGAAAUCCGUCCAAUUCCUACAACUCUACGGAUUCAACUUCUUCGCCACCGCCGCCGUCUCCUCUAUUGGGGUACUGUACGCAGUGCAUAUUCUAUGCAUACUGGCAUGUUGGUAUGGCCUGGCACGCCAACGAUCCUCAUGGCUGGUACCGAAAAUUGUGCUGAAAGGGACUACGGUGUUGAUUUGUGUGGCUCUCACACUGAUUUUGGCCUUUUUUGUGUCCUCGAACUCUCCGGUGAUUGGAAAUGCGAUCGCUCAUGGAUUCAACGCCGAGUACUAUGACCAUCGAGCGGUUAUUGAUAUGGCGUGUCUCGUGAUUGUUGGAGUGUCCACUGCGUUAUCGAUGGCACAGGGAUGGCUUCUGGUACUUCUUAUUAAUAUAUACCGGCAGGUGAGGGAGGAGGAGUUGGAGAGACUUUGUGAGAAGGCGUUGAAGAAGUUGGAAAAGAAGAAGAAGGAGAAAAAGAAGGUACCACCACCGAAGAAAUCGGCGAUGAGCAAUGGACAGAGGUUCUUGGCGCCGGAGACACCGCGGGAGCAGAGUCUCGCAAAAGAGUCCGUGACACUGGACCAAAUCGACAGUGUCGUCAUCACACACGCCUCACCGGGUCACAUGGGAAACAUGAAUUUCUUCGCCCAAAAACCAAUUCUAUAUCAUUCGAUGGAGUACAUCGGCCGUCAUGUCACACCGACAGAGCUCAAGGAGCGACCAUAUCGUAAAUUGUCUGGAAAUGUUGAAGUCUGGAAGACACCCGGACACACUCAACACGAUUUGAGCGUGUUGGUACACAAUGUGGCCGGAUACGGGACGAUGGCAGUGGUUGGAGACUUGAUUCCGAGCGAACACUUGCUUAGUGAGAAGAGAGACGUGAUGGUCGAGGAGGGUGUCUGGGAUAACGCGAUCAAGAGACAAAAUGCCAACUUGAUUGUCUGCAUGGCCGAUUGGAUUGUUCCGGGACACGGACAGCCGUUCCGAGUGCUUCCUAAUUAUAGACAAAAAGCGGGUUGCACACGACUCUUGGCUCAACGUCACCUCCUCAACCAAGCCGUCUAA